UGUGCCGGAAAAUAACAGCUCCACAUAUACUCCCGCGGGAAUGGUGGCAACUGCGAGACAAUGAACUCACAUCGGCAUUUCAUCAAACAGUUGAUAGGCAGGACAAAGAGCCUCCCUCUGCUCUCCGUUGCUAUCUCAUUGCAGCUCAGAAUAUGCCUCCCAUUCUCUUCAUCGGCAACGCCCACCGGUACACCAAUCCAAACUCAUCGAAAGAAAAGCCUCUACACCUCGUUUUUCUGCACACUUGUCCAUCUAUUCCUUCGCUGCCAUCGCCUUUCCAGAGCCACGGAAACGUUCUCUUCAAUGAGAAAUUACAAUCUUGUCCCUGACCUUCCCUCAUGGAAUCGUCUCUUGCAUCAUUUCAAUUCAGCAGGUCUGGUUGAUCAGGUAAUUAUCCUUUAUUCUGAUAUGCUUGCUUGUGGAGUGGCUUCUAAUGUGGUUACUCGCAAUAUAGUCGUGCAUUCGCUUUGCAAAGUUGGGAAACUGGAAAAAGCGCUUGAAUUACUUAGAGAGAACGAAAGUGACACAGUUACUUAUAACACUUUGAUAUGGGGGUUCUGCAGAAUUGGGUUUGUUGAAAUGGGUUUUGGAUUGGUGUCUGAUAUGUUAAAGAAGGGUAUUUUCUUUGACACCAUCACUUGUAAUAUAUUAAUUAAGGGGUUUUGUGAUAAGGGUCUUUUGUAUAAUGCAGAAUCGGUGAUGGAAAUGUUGAGUGAUAAACAUAGGGGCGUUUGUAAAGACGUUGUCGGUUUUAACACUCUGAUUCAUGGAUAUUGUAAGGCUGUUGAGAUGAGUGGUGGAUUUGAGAUGAUGGAGAGGAUGAAAAGAGAAGGUUUAUCACCUGACAUUGUUACAUAUAAUACUCUGAUUAAUGGUUUCGGCAUAAUGGGAGAUUUUGAUGCUGCAAAUUGUAUCAUGGAUGAGCUCUUGGACUCUAAUGAAAAUGUGAAUGUUAGUUAUGUCGGUGAUGAAGAAAAACAUGACUAUGAUGAUGGUGAAAAUAAGGGCCUGGUAGUAGGAGACUUGGGUUUAGAACCAAAUACUAUUACAUACACCACAUUGAUUAGUAAAUAUGUUAAGUGGUUUCAGUUUGAGAAAGCAUUUGCUACAUAUGAAGAAAUGACAAGGCUUGGCUUCUUCUAUGACAUUGUUACUUAUAAUUCCCUUAUAUAUGGUCUUUGUAAAAAUGAACGGUUUCAUGAGGCCAAAUUACUUCUUGAUGAGAUGAGAAGAGUGGGUGUGGAUCCUAAUCACGUGACAUACUCUAUUUUUAUUCAUCACUUGUACAAAAAUAAGGCCGAAAAGGUUGCUGCUAACUUCCAAAGUCAAAUAGUGAUUAGAGGAGUGCCUUUCGAUGUUGUCUUGUUUACCUCUUUGAUAAAUGGGCUUUUUAAAGUUGGAAAAUCCAGGGAGGCAAGAGACAUGUUUCAGACACUCUUGAAGUCUAACAUAACUCCAAAUCAUAUUACCUAUACUGCAUUGGUUGAUGGGCACUGCAAAUCUGGUGACUUAAAGAGUGUAGAGAUUUUACUGCAACAAAUGGAACAGAAAGGUGUUUUACCAAAUGUUGUCACAUUCUCUUCUGUAAUUAAUGGUUAUGCCAAAAGUGGAAUGGUUGAUGCAGCUAUUGAAAUUAUGAGGAAAAUGGUAAGCAUAAAUGUUAACCCUAAUGUUUUCACAUAUAAUACCCUGAUUGAUGGCUGCUUUAAGGCUGGUAAACAUGAUAUGGCUCUUGCUCUGUAUGAGGAAAUGCAGUCGAAUGGUGUUGAGGAAAAUGAAUUCUUGUUGGAUACAUUUUUGAAUAAUUUGAAAAAACUGGGUAAAAUGGAUGAAGCUGAGGCCAUUUUUAUGGAUAUGGUAUCUAAGGGUUUGUCACCCGAUCAUGUGAAUUACACAUCAUUGAUGGAUGGACUCUUCAAAAAAGGGAAGGAGUCAGAUGCUCUUCAAUUGGUCGAAGAGAUGAAAGAGAAAAAAAUAUGCUUUGACACAAUAGCAUGCAAUGUACUGCUUAACGGAUUAUUGGGAAUUGGUCAGUAUGAGGUACAGUCUGUUUAUGCUGAAAUUAGAAAACUUGGUCUAGUUCCAGAUAUUCAAACUUUCAAUUCUUUAAUUGAUGCUUACUGCAAAGAGGGGAAGCUGGAAAGUGCUGUCAAAGUCUGGGUUGAAAUGAAGAGCAGUGGGAUAAUGCCUAAUUCAAUCACUUGUAAUAUAUUGGUGAAGGGACUUUGUGAAGUAGGUGAUAUUGAAAAAGCAAUGGAUUUGUUAACGGAUGUGGUGACAAUUGGUUUUCGUCCUUCACCAGCUAUUCACAAAAUUGUUCUCGAUGCUGCUUCAGGCCAUACAAGAGCAGAUAUAAUCCUGAGAAUGCAUGAGCGGCUUGUAGGCAUGGGACUUAAGCUUGAUCAGACUGUUCACAACACUCUUAUUGCUGUUUUAUGCAAGCUUGGGAUGACCAGAAAGGCAAUGUCAGUACUAGAAAACAUGAGAGAAAGAGGAUUUUCAGCUGAUACUACCACUUAUAAUGCCUUCAUACGUGGAUAUUGCAAAAGUUACCAAUUCCAAAAGGUUUUUGCAACAUAUUCUGAGAUGCUGGCUAAAGGAGUUCCUCCUAAUGUUGCAACAUACAACACUAUGUUAGCAUCUCUGUCAGCCGUUGGAUUGAUGAAUGAAGCAGCUGAUUUGUUCAAUGAAAUGAAGGGAAGGGGUUUUGUCCCUAAUGCUAAUACAUAUGACAUUUUAGUCUCUGGCCAUGGGAAAAUUGGAAAUAAAAAGGAAUCCAUCAAACUUUACUGUGAGAUGAUUACAAAAGGUUUUGUUCCUCGCACUAGUACCUAUAAUGUACUCAUCUUUGACUUUGCAAAGGCGGGAAAAAUGAGACAGGCCCAGGAACUAAUGCACGAGAUGCACGUCAGAGGGGUAAUACCAAAUUCUUCAACAUAUGACAUACUAUUAGUUGGAUGGUGCAAGCUAUCAAAAAGGCCGGAGCUUGAAAGGUCAUUGAGACUGUCAUGCCGGAGUGAGGUAAGAAAGUUACUUGAAGAGAUGAAAGAUAAAGGUUUCACUCCAAAAGAAACCACCCUUUGUUAUAUCAAUCCUGGCUUUUCAAAAUCGGGAGAAAAUGAUACAGAAUGGUGGUUGAACAGAUGGCACAAGACAAAGCAGAGUUGAUUCUUGAAAAAAUAAGAAGUUUCUUAAGGAUGGAAUUUCUAUUAUUUUUUGGUUUCUCUCUUGAAACAUCAGGUUAAGUUAUGUGGAUGAGAGAACCGAGCAGAUGAGAAUAAACAAAUAAUGCAAAGGA